AUCAGUGCCAUGCCGAGCGUGAGUCAGUGAAGAUGGAACCGAAAUUUGUUCAUUUCAUCAAAUUUAACGGUUACUUGAUAGUGGCCCUGGUUUGUUACUCUUCGUUCCUGCGGACGGUCGAGUGGCUGGCGCUACUCCAAACCUGGUACGGGUAUCCGAGUCAGCAAGGUUGGUUACGGCGGGAUCAUCCUAUCGUGGCCGGUGUGCUGCUGCUUAGUUGGAUCACCGUCGCCGCCUUUCUCUAUCAAGGGCUGAAUCUGGAGGUCGAAGCGUUUGUACUACCGAUCGGCUACUUAUUCGCGCUGGAAGUGCUGAUCGUCACGGUACAGGACGUGAUCAGCACAUGGAACAAUGAUGCCGACGAGCGCUUUUUGCGCGACGGGCAGGAUGUUGUGAUGUGGGCCGUGGCCGUCGUAUAUUUCUACUACACACUCUACAUCCUACGGAGACUAUUCCGGAGUCGACAGCGUGCAGCUGAUCUUCCCUCAGUGACAGUGAUACCAGAGUACUCCACCACCACCACCACCAGGAAACCGAUCUAUCCACUAGCCGUGGUGCAGUAGGUGCAUCAUGCCACCGAGACAGCGUUAACGAUACUUCCUCCAAACAGAAACGCCAAAAUCAAAGCCUGACCAUAACCUUCGCGGCCGGCCUUCUUGGCAGUGUGGUUCUUUUAUCGGUGUAGCGGAUCGGAACGCACCUUUCAACUUGACGCCGCAGUCAUUAGAUAGCAAAAAUGGGGAGCCUCCGGUUGUCACCACUCCGUCUCCCUUUCGUAGCUGAUAAUGAUUUGUGUAAAAUCAAUAGAUAAGUGUGCGGAUGACGCGGCACGCGCCCGCUGGAAGGGGUUUCGCCGAAGAGAAAAUAUCUUUUGGACCGUCAAGGUGUUAUGAGGUGAGAAGAGGUACCGGUGGACAUUCCAGUUACAAGCGUAUUCGUCAAUCAGCUCGAUUCGCAGCUCAUUGUUACACCCAAUGCUCGGCUGACAGAUGAUUGACUUGAAUGUGUCAAGGUGUCUAAUUCAGAAGUACUUCAAAUUACUCGAUACCUAUUGCGCGCAAGACGAAUGAGGGGCUCGUUACAAUCGAUUAUUACUUAAUCAGAACAUGGCUCAUAUGAGCAGCGAUACGCCAGAGGGCUCGAAUAAAUUAUGUACAUAUU